AGUUAAAUAACAUAGCUGUAGCUAUGCAAAUCUAUUAUAAAAGUUCUUCAUGCCACGUAAUGGAGAAAUAGAAAAGCAUAUAGCUUGUUUCAUAUAACCAAUCAAAGGCGGCACUGAAGUACAAUAGCGUAUCAAAUAUAGAUGUCAAAUUUUGCUUCCUACAACAAUUAAUAUUAUAUUAUGAAUCGCAACAGAGAUAUAGCAGAGCUGUGGGGUAAAGAGGAUGACAAUCCAGUUUCUUUGCUUGUGCGAAGAAUGAAAAUACCCCUGAUAGCGGGCAUUGGUGCUGGACUAGUACUUCAAGCUUCAAAAGGUAUAUUGGAGACCCCUGCUACGUUUGGAAGAAUUGCAUAUGUUACAUUUCCUUUGUGUGGUUUAAGUUUUUACUAUCUUACUGGUAGUUAUAUAACAAGACAAAUAAGGGGAACAGAAGGUCCAUUUAAUAAUCUAAUGGGAGUAUAUUGUACUUUUCCGGUGCUUCGAAAAUUCCUGCCUUUGGGACAUACUGUGGCACUUCUUUUUUUUGUUACUUUACCUUUCUAUGCAGUGGUACGUGAUUUUUAUGUAACUAAGAAUAGAUUGACUCUUAGGGAGACUCUGCUUUAUGGAGUGCAAGCAAGAGGUCUUUACAUUAAUGAGUGGCAAAAAAAGCCAUCAGAACCCUAUGUUAAGCGUGAAUCAUAUAAUCCAUUUACAUUUCCUUCCAAGUAAAGCAAUGAUAAACUGAAUAUAACAUAUAGUUUAUUGUAGUCACAUUUAUUGUAUAUUUAUUCAUAUAUAAUUUCAAUAAAUACAAAAAUCCUAAACUAUGA